UUGGCCGGCGCCGGAGGGUUACAGGGCUCGGCGGCGCGCGGCUUUAUAAAGCAGCCAGUGCGCGUGCGCAGGAAAGGAAAAAAGCAAAGUGGGGGUACUAUUUGAGUCGUUUCGCGUGGCAGCAGGCGGGUAGAAGGACAGCGCCUGAGGAAGGAGGAGAAAUCUAAUGGAGAAGCCUGCACCCAGAGUGGAGGAUCGUACCUGGAGCUGUUCCUGUACUGCCAGAGGAAGGCACAGAAUCCCCUUAGGUGGAACUGCUACAGAGCUGGCAGCCAAAGUGGGCGAAAUGUUGAGCACAUCUGUCUCAAGUUCUCCCCUAACACUUGUGGGUCGCAGGAGCACCAACAGCAAUUUGAACUUGAGCAAGGAUGUGGUGCAGCGGAGCCUGGUGCUCUUUACUGUGGGCACUUUCCUUGCACUGGUGUUGAACUUGCUGCAGAUCCAGAGGAAUGUGACUCUGUUCCCUGAGGAAGUCAUAGAUACCAUCUUCUCCUCUGCUUGGUGGGUACCCCCAUGCUGUGGCACAGCGGCAGCUGUUAUCGGCCUGCUUUAUCCCUGCAUUGACAGUCACCUUGGAGAGCCUCAUAAAUUCAAGCGAGAAUGGGCCAGUGUAAUGCGAUGUAUAGCAGUCUUUGUUGGGAUUAACCAUGCAAGUGCUAAAUUGGAUUUUGCAAAUAAUAUCCAGCUCUCUUUAACACUAGCAGCUUUGUCACUGGGCCUGUGGUGGACAUUUGAUCGUUCAAGAAGCGGCCUGGGCCUUGGAAUUACGAUAGCUUUUGUAGCUACUCUGAUUACUCAGUUUCUUGUCUAUAAUGGUGUUUAUCAGUAUACAUCUCCUGAUUUUCUUUACAUCAGAUCCUGGCUGCCAUGUAUAUUUUUUUCAGGAGGUGUGACUGUGGGAAACAUAGGACGGCAACUGGCUAUGGGUGGUUCUGAGAAGCCUCACAGUGACUAAAGGCGGCUUGAAUAGCCUGAAGUACCUGCAGGAAGAUAGAACUAAGAUCUAUUGUUGAUUCCAAACUAGGAUUUCUUCUUCUUGAAUAGCCUGAGUGAGCUCCCUGCACAAAUGACUGGUGAAAAAGAUCAUUCAGCUUAAGAGUGGCCAAGAGCUUACCUCAAUAUAUUUAGGAGAAGUCUGGGCUUGGCUGUUCUGUGAACGAGUUCGGUACAGACUUGGGACACAACAAGCCCGUGCUUAAUGGCAGUUCUCUUGCACGUUGGGUUUCAGUUGAAGAUGUUGAAAAGCCGCCAUAUUUCAAAGCCUUGGAACUAAAGCUUUGUACAAGUGCCCAAAGAAAGUUGAUUGGUGCUGAGGGAUAGGGUAUGUGAAUGGGUUUAAUAGGAAUACUGAUUAUUCAAAUAUCCUUUAAGAAAGGUUGCCUUUAAAUGAAAGGUGAUCAGGAAAAAAUACAAUCUUUUUGAAGUUGUGUUGAGAAAUAACUGACCAUGGGCACAAUCCAUUUGAAAAGCUCCAGUGAAAUCCAAGGGAGCAAAUCCUACCCAUUUCUGAGGCUCAUGGAAGAGUACUGAUCUGAAGUUCUAUGAUUUGAGCAGAUUUUUUUUCAGUACAUGAGUAUUUGUGGGUUGGGAAGAGUUAAAUUAUCUUAUAGACAGAAGCAAUGAGUCUGUCACCUGUUGAUCUGUGGUUGAAUGAUCAUUUAGUAAUUUAUGGUCCUAUUGGAUACACCUAGCCAAAACCAAUUACUGUUCAGUAAUGUAUGUCACAUCUGUUAUGUGCAUCCUUAAGUAUUUUACUGGGAAGCCUGUCCUCGAUAAUAGUGCAUCAGUUAUUGGGGGGGGGGGGGGGGGGGGAGUCAUUCCUAUGUGACAGCUGUUGAGCUUUCUGAAAGUCUGACUGGUUUCAGAAUCUAAACAAGUUUUGCCAUGAGAAAAACAGAUCAAGCCAACAAUGUUACUGAAUGCUUCUUAUACAUGAUCCUGUUUUACAGUGUAUUUCUGAAGAACUCUUUGUGUUUUGGGUUUUAGGGUUGGUGUUUGCAACUCUACAGAACUUGCAAUCUGUGAUUGCCUUGUAAGGAAGAGUGCUUCUGUUACUACAUUAAGUAUCUGAUGUUUCAUAAAUAUUUCAUGGUGAGCACAAUAGUCAUUUAGAUAGCAUAGACUGCAGUUGACCUAAUGAACAACAAGUAUUGGGUCUCAAAUUUUUAAGGGCAAUGUGCAGUUGAGAAAAAUCUGAGCCUUGUAGUCUCUUUAAUAUCUUCAUUGAAGAACUGAAUCUUAAAAGAGUAUAAUAUUCCUGAGUGGAAGCAAAAAAAAAAUAGCAAUAAAUUAAUUAGUAAUGCUAGUUUAUGUCUUACACUUAAACCCCUAUGGUUCAGCUUACCAAGCGCACUUUUACCGUGCUGCUAACUUUUUACAUUGAGCAGUUAGAUCAUCUUCCAUUUUCAAUCUCCUGUGUCUUCUAGUCUAGUCAGUGACUAAUGUUUAAGACUUUAAGCUGAAGUUAAAUAAUGAUAUGGAUAUAGCCUACUGUUGUGGAGACAAGAUUCUGUGGAUCAGGGCACUAAUCCCACACUGAAGGAGAACUGGGCUUCUUAAAAUCUCAUUAUAGUUUUCAUGGCUCCAUACUUGGUUCCACUGCUGAAAAAAAUGACUCCACUACUGCUAGAUGUUGUCCAUAGUCUGAAACUCUCCUUCCCUGACACAUAGUUUGAGUAUUGCUAUUUUAAAACUAGGAACAUUAGCAAAAUUUUCCAAACUUAUAAAAGGCUUUUUAAAAACCUGCUGGAAAACAAUAAAAAAAAUAGAUACAUGCUUAAUUCUGCCCCCUCCCAAAAUUUGGGUUAGAAUCUGACCUGGAGGCAAAUUCAUCAUAUCUUCACUCGUCUUCAUGGUACAUUAUGUCCCAGAAGAACUAAAACCCUCUGGCUACCAUCACUUGCCCCUGAGUCAAGGUGACAGAAAAAAGGUUUGGGAGAGACCUCCCUCUGCAUCUCAAUUGGAGCUCCUCUAAAUAGUGGUUGAAAGGUAAAUAAAAUGUUGUUCUGGGCUCCUGUGGGAUUUGCUUUUGAAGACAAUCCAGGCUUGCACAGGUGAACAACUAUAUAUCCAAGUCCCUUCAUUAGCUAGGAAAAAUUAACAAAGAUCUCAUGAAAGUUUGGGAAUUAUACUCCAUAUGAGCGUAGGUAACCUUACCUUUCUUGGUCUUGAAUCUGUUUUGAAAAUACUUAGGUGCUCUAGGCAGGUAGGUUUGAUUUAUUCUUUAGUGAAGGAGUGGUCAGGAAGAUGGCAAACAGGAACACUUGCUUUGAAGGAAUGCCAUUAAGGUCUGGUACUGCUCAAUAAUAAACAAAACAUUGCAGCCUUAAAGCCUUGCUUAUCACAUUUAAUUGGUUCUUAAAGACGUAUUAAUAUCCUUUCUCUCAAAAUUACUCAAUUUUGAAUGAUAUUACGCAUUCAGUAUGCCGAAGUGAACGUGUAUCUGCAAGAAAAUACCCACUGAACUCAUUAAAUGUAGUUGGAAAUAACCAUUAUAGAGCAGCAAAGAACAAUUUUUACAACACCUUUAAUACUAGGUGCAACUAAAGAGGACAAUGGUAAAUGUAAAUAUGUAAACAUAAAAUGAGUAUUUUACUUGUAAAGAUUUAUUUGUAAAUCUGUUUUGAAAAGACAGCCAAAAUACGUUAGAAGUUCUAUCUUGCCAAUUCUUGUAAGUAUCUGAACCAAAGUGGUCAGAGUUUGUGUUACAAAAGGGGGGAGGGACUCUGCACUCUUCUGGAUGGUAUCUUUCAAUUUUCAGACUCAAACAUUUUUCAACUGUGUUUUUUUAAAAAAUAAAGCUUUCAAACAGC